CAGAUGGAGAAUGGCUUCGGCGUUGACGACCUCUUCCAGGAUGAAACCAUCCCGCGCCUCUCCUCUCGCCGGCGCGUCGACGCCCGCCUGGACGAACUCCGACUGAGCGGGUGCAACUCCAAAAUCGCCUGGUCCAAGGUGGGCUCCAUCGCCAUUAUCAACAGCGCGGGCACGGGUGUGGAGACGCGGCACCUAGCCUGCAAUCCGGAGGAUGGGCGGUGGGAACUGAGCGACGCAUACCCGAUCGCGAACGUGAGCCGCUACCACGAAAACCAACGGCUGGUGCACGUAACGUGGAACUCUCCCGGGGCGGAGCUGGCGGUCGUGGACGUGCUGGGCCGGGUCAGCUUUUACACCGUCUUCCUGGCGGUAAAUCACCUGACGGCGACUAGGAAUCAGAUACUCGACCAGGAUGACGACCUGAGCGCCCUCGUGGGCUUCUGGUGGUUGCCGCUUGAGAAGCCGUAUGCGCUGUACAGGCCAGCAGCGAGGCAGGAGGAUAGGAACUUUAGGUACCAAGCGCUGACCUUUAGGCCCUUCGGACCUUUCCACCCGAUUAUGGGCAAGGUGGCCGCGAUUGGGAUUACGAGGGGGGGCACGGUCAAGAUGUGGUAUCAGGAUGGGCAGGGCAGGUACCAAGAGGUCACGGCGGAAUUGGAGGGGUUUGCGAGUUUGGAUGACUUAUUUUCUCAUGCUUCCAUCUCCUGCAAUAAAGGUGAAUCCCCGAAGAACCAACUGCCUCUCCCGCGCCUGUGCUCACCAAACCAGACCACGCUGCAGUCUUGGCAGCAUACACCCUCUCAAAACAACUCCGCGUCUAUCGCAUCGUGAUAAACUGGCCGCAGCGGAACCAGCCCAACCAACCUCACACGGUACUCCCCAACCCCCCCACCCUGGUAAUCGAGCACCUCAAGAUCGAGGACUGCGCUUGCCCCGCGGACUCGAGCACGCACGAUGUAUCCCGCGCGCAAUUGACGCACCUGGAGACGCUGGCGCCAACACCCACACCGUCGGACAUACACGGUUCCCCCGGGGUGCUGGCCGUCUUCGCGAACAAGAAAGCUGAUGGGGAGACUUUUAGCGUUAUUUGUCGGUGGAGCCUUAAGGAGACGCCGUGUGCGCUGCACCCCAGCUUCGAUCAGAUUGGGGUUCGCAGGACUAGUGUUUCUUCACCAACUAUUUCGGAGGUUUGUCUGCCCUUCUGUGGGGGGAAUUGGAUGAGUGGGGCUAAUCGGCAGUUUGUUGGUUGCUGGGAUAGUUGGAGUUGUAUAGGAUGGAUGAUGUGGUGAUGGAUAAGUGCAUUAUUGGGGUUUCGCAGGUUACUUCUGGGACUGUGAUUGCAUUGGCGUUUAGUGAUGGGUCCUUGGAGUUGAGGGAAAGGUAUGUACCAUUCUCUCCAGCUGGGAAAUAGCACAGGCGCUGACCAACUAUCUAUAGAGGCAAUCUCAACCAACUGCGAGACCAGAGCACGAACAAGAAUAUAGUCAUGAAUAUGAUGCAGGCUGGGUUCGCAUUCCCUCCGGAAAAACCGUGCAUCAGCCUGGCGUUAUCUCCCAACAACGCCGUGGCCAUACGCCUGGGUCCUGACAAUGACACAAGCCUCAUAAUAAUGGAGUACAUGAAUGGACCAAUGGAGCAGAGUGGUAAAAAAAACAGCACCUUUCCCCUCCCCCAUCAACUUCCACCCACGGAUCAUUGCCCCGGUUAACCUCUCGUGUUAGAUAACCUCGAAAUCGCCUGCGUAGCACUAGCCCACCAACAUGCCUACUCCUGCAAUAAUCUCAUAAACAACGACGACCUCUUACUGGUGGCGCAAAAGUACCGCAGUCCAGCCUUCAACAACACCUUCCUCUCGGAGGCCCAUCGGGCACUGAACUUGAAAAUGGAUUUCGCUACGGAGUCACCGAACGAACGGCUCUUCAGAAACCCGCUCCUACAGCGCUGCCUGAGUUUGCAAAACUCCCUCGACUUUCGCGGGGAAAGGGUCAACAAGAGACUCUCCGGAAAGCUCGCCUGGGCGACAUUGCACCUGCGCGUAGCGUCCGUCGCGUUCGCACUGACGUUCAACAACCCGCAACGGCAAGGCCAAGCUGGAAGCGCCGGUGCUGCUGGCAGCAGUGGGAGCACAUCUAGCGAUAUCGAUCUCCGCCCCGAAGCGCUUCAGACCCUGUUGGGCCUGGUCCGCUGGCUAAUGGAUAUAAUGUCUCUGACAAUCAGCGACCUCUUCGAGCUAUCCAAGGCGACAAAAAACCACACCUCAGACCUCGCCUACGUCCGGCAAAAAGUAAUAUCCGGCAACUCCCCCGCACUCUUCCUCGCGCUCUCCAGCGCGCCACGCGCGCUCCUACGAUACAAUUGCCGCAGCCUCCGGGGCCUGGAAACAACGGCAGGCAAACACCUUGCCUCCACCCUCUCCACCGCCACGGACGAGGAAACCAAGGCAACGUUCCGCAGCCUAAAAGUACCCAUAGAAUCCUGCGCUGUCAAGAUCUCGCAGUUCGAGCGGAUAAUGACGGACAUCGACGGCACCAUCCGCGCAGCCUACCACAACGUCCCCGAAGCGGAGCGUGCACAGGCCGAGAAGCUGCUCUUCGUGAAUAACGAGAUACCCCCCAUAUUCCGCGUCGCGGUGGAGCGCCUGCUGAACACCACGCUACCGAACCUCCGGAACGACCUGGACAUUGCAAAGUUGUUCUGGCACGACGUCACCUGGCUCGGUUUCCAUGAUGAUGUUGCCAGCCGCGAGUACCGCAGGAGGAAUCGGAUUGAUGCUAUCCGGAAGGUGGUUCUGCCGAAGGAUGACGAUAGCGGCGGGCCAGGGGGGGGUAAGAUUAGGUUGAGGAGGUGUACUAGGUGCUGUGCUGUUGUCGAGGAUAUCAUCCCUACCAAGAGUCCGAGCCAUUGGUUUGGGUCGAUGCAGAGGAUGUGUUUUUGUGGGACGCUUUGGAUGCAUAUUUCCUGAAGGCGGCGGGCAGGUUGUGCCGCGCCGUUGCUGUGAUUAGGGUACUUGCGCAUUCCAAAAGUAUCCGGAUGUCUUGGCACGGCCUUCGACUGGGGAAGAAGAAUCCUUUAACCAGCAUGUUUCGCACCAAAAGAAUUUGUAAAAUCAAAAAUAGCUAAGGUUCCUGAAAAAUUUAACUGUAGUUUCUCUGUAUACUACAAUAGGGAAUAGGCUGGAGGUUCAGAAAAUUGAAAAAUAAUUCCAAAGUAUUAACCUCUAGGCGAGCUAUAGGGGUUUAAAGUCCCAUAACGGGCUCCGGUUUAAGGUUUCUCACAACGACCGAAACUGCGCCAAGAUAUCCGGAUACUUUUGGAAUGCGCAAAUACCGUUUGCAGCCGAUCGACUCUGGUUGUUGGUUUUGUGGGUGAAAUGCGUGAGCGGAGGUUUUUGAUUGUCAGCUAAUACUCAACCCGCCAUAGUGGUGCGAUGGUUUCAAAGUUACUGAAGGUU